GCGGUGGCGCGCGCUCACCGAUUUUUUGGUCCACAACGAGGAGAGCGCAAGAGACCGGCGGCGCGGAGCUGGUCGAGGGCGACGUCUCUCCAGCUGUCGUGUAACUGGACUUGUCCGAGAACUGGACCGGAAACUCCGUUCACGUGUAGCUGGCGGGAACAGCGCUGAGGGACUCGCUUUGAGGCGGGAAAACACGGAAUUCUCAGAAAUUCUAAGUUGGAUUCUUUAAUUUAACAACAGUCUUGCUCCUUCAACGCGAAGACCGUUGUAGUAAACAAAAAGAAGCGUUUUAACGACACACACCGGAGUCACAUAAGGUUUGGCACUCCUAAAAGGCGGGAAUUAAACCGACACGGGAGCACAUCAUCCGAUAUCACGCAUCGGUUUCCGUCACCACCGAGUGAAUUAAUAAAUAAAUAAAGUCUGACUGACUGGACAUACCGGAGAGCUGACGUGUCUCACGUUUGACAGCUUUUUUUUUUUGGAAGCGUCUCAGUUUACCUCAGCUCAAACGUCACUGUAAAUAAACUGAACGGCAAGAGGAAGAAUAAUUGGGUGAGGAGGAGGAAGAGGGGUGAACCCACGCCAAUGUGAUCCCUCAGUCAUCAAUGGGAAAUACCGGAGUGCACGCGACUGGGGCGAGAUGCUCGGAGAAGCUCGAGGUGCGUCGCCGCGCUUUCACCGUGAAUGAGUUUUAAAAGAGCGCGCGAGGAGGGAGAAAGAGCACUGUGAAGUUGAACAUAUUCGUCAAACGCGAGAAGAAGAACCAGUUGGAAAAUUUAUCCAUGUGGCACAUGCAUGAGAAAACAAAACGCGUCACCGAGCUUCCCAAUGCUUGGUGAGAAUGUUGACAUGUUUAAUUGUUGACGAAGGGGAAGAUGACAGAGGCUUCGUGAGAAAGAUUCCGAGCGUGUUUUUGUGAGAGAGGGUGAAGUUCAUUCGACAUGCCCGAGAAUGUCUCCCUCAUCAGGAACCGGACGGAAGUCGCGCAGGGUCGCGCUUGGGGUAGCGGAGCGGGCGCGCGGCCAGCAUGGGUCGUCAUGGUGCUGGCGGGUGUGCUGAUCUUCACGAGCGUGGUGGACGUGCUCGGUAACGUGCUGGUGAUCAUCUCGGUGCUCAGAAAUAGAAAACUGAGAAACGCGGGAAAUGCGUUUGUAGUGAGCCUGGCUUUCGCCGAUCUCCUGGUGGUUUGCUAUCCCUACCCUCUGGUCUUGCACGCCAUGCUGCACGCGGGCUGGUUGCCGGGCGAGAUGGAGUGUAAGGUCAGCGGCUUCCUGAUGGGAGCGAGCGUCAUCGGCUCCAUCUUCAACAUCACUGCCAUCGCCAUCAACCGCUACUGUUUCAUCUGCCAGGCCAACACCUACGAGAAAAUCUACGGCCGCACCGGAACCCUGGUGCUACUGAUGUUAGUCUGGGUGCUUACCGCCAUUGCUAUUCUCCCGAAUCUGGCGUUGGGGUCAUUGACGUACGACCCUCGCGUUUACUCAUGCACCUUUAGUCAGACAACAAGUGCAGGCUACACCAUCGCCGUGGUGACUGUGCACUUCCUGCUUCCUAUAGCGGUAGUUACAUUCUGCUAUCUGAGGAUUUGGGUGCUGGUGCUCCGCGUGAGGAGGCGGGUCAAAACCGACGUCAGGCCACGCCUCCGUCCAAGUGAACUGCGUCACUUCUUGACCAUGUUCGUCGUCUUUGUGCUGUUCGCCGUCUGCUGGGCGCCGCUGAAUCUGAUUGGCUUGGCUGUAGCGGUGGACCCACCCCGCGUAGGGCCCUUGGUCCCUGAUUGGCUAUUUGUGGUGAGUUAUUUCAUGGCAUAUUUUAACUCCUGCCUGAACGCCGUAGUGUACGGACUGCUCAAUCAGAACUUCCGCAGAGAAUAUCGAAGAAUACUUCUGUCACUUUGUAAGCCACGCCUCUUCCUGCAGGAGACGUCAAAGGGCGGGACUGAGCGCAGCAACAAACAUUCACCUGGCAACAACAAUAACGAUGAUCAGCCCAAAGCGAACACAAUAUAACUUACCAACAAUACAUUCAAUUUGUCACAGAUAUCAAACAGAGAAUGCUGCAAAACGGUUUUAAAUCGCAAUCACAAAUGUUUUGAAAAUACCAUUUUUAUGUCUCACUUUAGAUACCACACUCUGCCAAAAAACAAAACAAAAAAACAAUACCUCAUUUGCUGGAAACUUGCAAUUAUAAUAAUCCUCAGUAUUAAGAAAAUUAAUUACAUCUCACACAAGUGUUACAAUCACAUUCAAUGAAUGCAUGCUAAUGAUUGAGAACAGUGCAAUAAGUCAUUACCAGACAAAAGGUGCAAACUCGAGGAAGACAAAGACUGCAGAACAUUGUGAUCUUCUUCCAAUCACACGCCCCUAGAAAAUAACUUAUUUUUCCUCACUGUUAGCUGGAGGCUGUUUCCUCCAACCACCCAUAAAUUCUCACCAAACAGAUCUCUCAGACAUUUCACAAGUGCUUCCCUAAUGAUAUAACAGAAUUAAAAAAAAUGCUACCCAAAUGCUCACACAUUUGUGACCUCUCAGCAUCUUGACAUAUGUUUUCUCAGUGCUCCAAUAGCGUUAACACUUUUGGCGCUGCAAGUAAACAAGAGCCUCCCCUUGUGCUAUGCAACCAAUUAAUUUAAAACUCAAUGGAGAAAGUGUAAAACUAGGGCUCCCUUUGGUUUGCAGCAGAGGUUAUCCAAACGUUCCCCAAAACACUGCAGCAACAUUCUUGUAAAACUCCCCUAUUGCUAUGCAAACUCAACUUGAGCAACUCCCACAGCUGCUUUCAUGCAAACACUGUGGAAAUCUUCCGGUAACCUUCCCACAACAUUCCUCUAGGUCUGCGGAUGUCGUCCUGUGGGAAUAUGCCAAAAUGCUGCAAGAACACGUUCUUAUAUUCUCCAUAGAUUAAAAAAACAAAACAUCACACGCUCCCUAUGUCUGUGCACCAGCAGAACGCAUCUGCACAUACUGCACGUUAUGGCAUACUUACAUUAAAACUUUUACUCAACUGAGCAAAGUUUAGCAUUGAAUCCAUUAACAGGGUUCAAAUAAUCAAGAACAAAAAAUAAUAAUGAUGAGCAUAGGGCUUCUUAUUUAUGUGACACAAAUAUACUAUUUGUCAACGUCUUAAAUAUAAAAUAGUAAUAUAACAAAAGUUAAAAUAAUCUUUAUUAAUAUACCUACUUUAAUAUACCAGCAUGUCAUUCUGUGUCAACUGACAUUUAAACAUACACACUUCUUCAAGGUGCCAGUCAAUCAAACACCAACUGUAAAGAAGGACCUAAUUCUUAAUCAAAUACAUUAACCUUUAUUAUUUUUAUCAAAUUAUUAUUUUUUUUAUUUAAACAGACAUCUUUGAUAGUAGUUAAAUUGUUGUGUUGCGUUCAUUCAGCCCCCAACAUUUAUAUAGCCAUCUGCUGAAAUUACCCAUUUCAACCGGUAAGUGGCAUUGUCAGUUGGCAGGUUUCAGUAAAACGUCAUUUAUUGCAGAGUUGGAUGAGGUAAUAAUGAAACUUGUGUCUAACAAUUUACAGAUUUGUAAUGUUUUUUUCUUCUCAAGUAAUUUAUUUUUACCUUUGCCCAUCUCAGAUAUCUUUUAAGUAGCCUAUUUUGUCAUUAUUAUGGCAAGGAUAUUGCUAAAAUAUAUUUUUUUUUUACUUCAAGGAUCCUGCUACAGAUGUAUAGUAUUCAUUGUAUUCAGAAUUUAAACUGUGUGUAAAUUGUUUGUAUGUACAGUAUGUGAACUGUUAAAGCCUCAAAAAUUUAAUAACUAGAAUCUGCCAAAAAAAAGAAAAAUUGACGGGUGAAUUCACUUAACAGUGACUCGGAACAUUUCAACAAAAAAUCCCUCGCUAUAAGCACCCGUAAUUCAGUUUAACCACACGUCUAACACUCAUGAUCAGGAAUUGCAUUGUGGAAAUUUCAUUCAGCACUAAUUUUGUGGAUGUUUUUGCAUCAUGAAAACAAUGCAGACAGUUUGCAAAUAAACAAGUCAUAGACAUCGGAUGAAAAGUCACAUUAAUCAGUGUAUCUUCCAGUUCAGGUAAUUUAAGCCUCAAAUUUUAGGUACUUAAAAUUAUGAACACCAGUAGCAGUAACAUUUUAGUGAUUUAUUGUGAAGAGUUUUUGACUAAUUUUCAAAGGGGCUUCUGAUCGCAGUGAGAAAUAAUGCUAAAUGAAAGGCAUCAAUGCACUUAUUGAAAUUUUAAGUAUACUACACUCUUUUAAAUAUUGUACUUUAUAAUCUGUUGAACCAUGGUGCACUUUGACAGUCUGUAAAAUGAUUUUCAUUUCACCUGGUUAAAAAUAGAUUGAUAAAUUUUGCAUCCCAGUAAAUUUAGAAAAAUGUUCGUGAAACCCAAACACCAUAUGGUAUGGAAGCCCGUUUCUGCCAGUGAAUAAAAAAAUAAAACAAAGUAAUUGCGACUUUUUAUGUACUUUUUAUAUAUUCUCAGAAUUCAAGUUUAUAUCUUGCAAUUCUGACUUUAUUAUAUAAUUGCGAGUUAUAAAGUCAGAAUUGUGAGAUAUAAACUCACGAUGGCAAGUUAUAAAGUCAGAAUUGACAGAUAUCAACUUGAAAUUCUGACUCGCAAUUCUGAGAAACAAAGUUAGAAUUGUGGCAUAUAAACUUGCAAUUCUGAGUUUUUUCUUACAAUAGCAAGUUAAUAUCUCACAAUUCUAAUUUAUUUUUCUCGCAAUGGCGAGGUCAUAUCUUGAAUUUCUGACUUUUUCUUUCUCAGAAUUCUGAGUUCUAAAGUCCGAAUUGCAAGUUAUCUCGCUAUUCCAAGACAAAAUUCAGAAUUGCUAGUUUAUAUCUCGCAAUUCUGACAUUAUAACUCGCAAUUUUGACUUCAUAACUCGCAAUUGCGAGUUUAUAUCACACAAGUCAAUUCUAAGAAAAAAAGUCAGUAUUGUGAGAUAAAAAAAAGUCACAGCAAUUUUUUUUUUUUUAGUUGAGUAAAUGGGCUUCCAUAAUAUAGUCCCAAGAGUGCUCAGGGUGUUAAAAAAAAAAAAAGUUUACCUGACUGCAUUUCAAGUUCUUAGUAACAAUGAUCUAUUUUAGCUGUGAGUUCAUAUCAGACAACGUGAGAUGAGGGUUUCGACAUCUUAACCUAUUAUGAACACAAUAGGCUACAGUCGCCCUUGAGGGUGAUUCGAAAGCACAAUGAAGAUGUCACGAGAAAGAGAGCGGCGUAUUUAUUCCGUUUACAGUUCCAGUGUUAUCUUAGUAAUGGAGUUUGUCGCAGAAUGACUCGUGUCUAUGCAUUUAAAACACAUCGCGCCAUCAGUCACCGAUAUCUUAGUAUUCCAACCGAGUGCCCAAACGCUCGCAUAUCGUACUGUUUAUAUGGGUAUUCCUUCUUUUGAUUCUGAGUAUUUUAUAUCAGUUUCUCUCAUGGGUAACCUGAUCUUAGUAUUUAUGAUGAGAGUAGACUAAUCUUAGUAACUUCAAUGAGUAUCGCGCACUUCUUACUGCGGCGAGAUCACAUGCUCAUUUCUUAGUACCUUUGAUGACUAUGUUGAUGAAUAAUCUCUGUAUUUAUGACAAAUGCUCGUUAAGUAAUCUCUUUGUCUUGGCCAACCUGAUGAGUGCUGGCAUCUUUGUAUCUGCAGUUAGUAUUGUUGUCUUGGAAUUAAAAAAUCGAAGAAAGCUUUUAUCCAGCACCUGUAAAGCGAUAUUCGCAUUGGUGGAAUAAUUAUGAUGUGCUUUGCUCAGAAGGAAUAAAUAUAUUUAUUAUUGUAUGUAUUUGUUAUUUUUAUGAAUUAUUUUAAAUCGUUUUGGUUGUUAUUGCUACCUUCUGUACUUUGAUACCAUUUCCCAGUCUGUAAGAAUCCAUUUUGAUCUACGGUUAUUCACUGUAAUUGUACUGUACUUUGCAAAUUUCAUUUUUCUAUGGUACAGAGACUGAGUACUCAUCUUUGUUUCCAAGUACUAAACAGUCUUAACUGAGUUUACUUAAAUGGUUUAUGCAAAAUGAUUAUCUCAUUUAUUUCCAAUUUUAUUUAAAUGUGAAUCCCCAGAAGAAGAAGAAAACACUGUGCAGAUUGUUACCCCUCUGGAUAAGGAACUAAAUUAAGUUGAGGUCAAUAAAUGAAUAAACCCUUGAAGUAAUCUCAACCAACAGGUACAUCUUAUCAAUGUGUCUUAGUACUUGAGUAGGUUCUCUCAUUUUAGUAAUUCUGCUGUAUUGGUGAAUAUGAACUGAUGUAUGACGUUUGUAAAACUAAACUUAGUAAAUCCAAGCAUUAAUCGGGUCAAACUGUUGAAGCCCCAAACACUUGUGAUAUUUCAUACUGCAAAAUGAAUGUGCAUGAACGUUGAUUGUUUUAUUUGAAUCUUUUGAAUUUGUGCUCUUAAGGAACAAGACAGCGGUUACUUUUGGACAAAAAGAGUGAUCAAUUGCUAAGGACAGAUGGACAGAUGGGAAAAAAGGCCCAAGAGGCUUUAAAAAUAAUGUGACAUGGUCUACAAUGAUUCCACGAUGGCCGGUGGUGUAAGAUUUUACAUGUUAAUAAAAUUUUUAU